GAGGCCUGGUUAGCAACUACCAACACUGGUGGAGCAUCAUGGGUGUCCGCACGAAAACCGUCAAGAAGUCGGCGCGAGCCAUCAUCGAGAAGUACUACUCUCGUCUGACGAUGGACUUCCACACAAACAAGCGCGUUUGCGACGAGGUGGCGAUCAUCCCGUCCAAGCGGAUGCGGAACAAGAUCGCCGGCUUCGUGACCCACCUCAUGAAGCGUAUCCAGAGGGGGCCUGUGAGAGGUAUUUCGCUGAAGCUGCAGGAGGAGGAGCGUGAGAGGCGUAUGGACUUCGUGCCCGAGGUCUCGGCCAUCGAGCAGGAGUCCAUCGACAUCGACCCUGACACGAAGGACCUGCUGGACGCGCUUGACUUCAAGGACUUGGCGGGCAUCGCUGUAUCUGCUGUGCCCCCUCGUGUUUGAUUUUUCGCCGUUUUGGAAUGUUAAAAACUAAGCCUCGGGACGUCAAAAGCUCGGGUGUUUUUUUGCCCUCUUGAAUGCAUGCACUCUUCACCAUCGCCUCUUGUUGGUUGGGUUCAUGAAGAACGCUUCACGCCAGUGGCUGCUGCUGGUCAUAGACCUGGAUGGCCCAUGCAGUUUAUUCGCCGAUUGUAGACGACCGGUGUCAAAGAUUGAGUGGGCUUUAUGUAUCAGCAAGAACUUGAACGGUGGUUUGGCGGCAGAGAACCUUUGCAAGGCCUAUAACUUCCACAGCUAGGUUCGCAUUCGUCGAAAAAAAGUAGGUAAUAAAAACAGUCGAGCCAAUAUGUUUCAGAGCUUGUGGCAUGGCAACGGAUUUUUAUUAAAGUCCUAGGCACAGGACGCAACGCCC